GAGAGAGAGAGAGAGAGAGAGAGAGAGAGAGAGAGAGAAAACAUAGCUUUUAAGAAGCUAACUCAACCCUCAGGAACAGUUGUUCUCUUUUCUGUUGCACAAUGGCCAGCUGAUAAAGUGUUUGUCAUGUUUUGACUGUGUUAGUCUUUCUGGUUAAGUGAGGUCUUGGUAGUGUGCUUUGACAAUGUUGUCAGAUUGGCAGAAGUUAGUGCUCAUAUUUGCCUUUUUGAAUCAACUGGUCUUAAUUUUGGGUGCUGGAAAUACACGCUACAGAUAUUAUCACAGAAACUGCUACACCUGUUUCAAUGGAUAUCAUGGAUAUACCACAGGACACCUGGGGCCAGAUAUUGAUGAAUGCCAGGUACACAAUGGAGGCUGCCAGCAUAGAUGCGUGAACACCAGAGGGUCCUACUACUGCGAGUGCAACCCAGGCUUUCGUCUUCACAUUGAUGGACGCACCUGCAUAGCUGUCCUCUCAUGUGCAGUGAAUAAUGGAGGAUGUGAGCAGGAAUGUGUUCAGCUUUCACCGGUUCACAUCCAGUGUCACUGUAGACGCGGCUACCAGCUUACAGCCGAUGGCAAGCGCUGCAGAUUGAGGAACCCAUGUGCAGAAAGGAAUGGCGGCUGCAUGCAUUUAUGUCACAGUGAUGGCGGUCAGGCAGUGUGUGGCUGUCACCAAGGAUUCACGCUGGCCGCAGAUCAGAAGAGCUGUCAAGAUUUGGACGAGUGUGAAACGGGGCAGGCAGCUUGUGCUCAUAGUUGCCGAAACACCCCGGGAUCUUUCUCCUGUGUCUGCAGUCCGGGAUACGAGCUGGGCUCUGAUGGCAGAAAAUGCUACCGUAUUGAAAUGGAGAUUGUAAACAGUUGUGAGUCUGAUAAUGGAGGCUGCUUGCACCAAUGUCACCAUGGCACAGCUGGACCUGUCUGCAGCUGUAAUCAGGGUUAUCAGCUCGCUGAAGACCUCAAAACUUGCUUAGACUUGGAGGAAUGUGAGGAAGAAACGUCAUGUUGUGAGCAGGACUGCACAAACUAUCCUGGAGGUUAUGAGUGCCACUGUAGAGCAGGAUACAGACUCAACUCAGAUGGCUGUGGAUGUGAUGAUGUAGAUGAGUGUCUGUCUGAUAAUGGAGGCUGUGAGCACACCUGCCAGAACACAGCCGGCUCCUAUCACUGCUUCUGUCGAUUUGGAAACCGGCUCGCUGAGGAUAGACACUCCUGUGUGCCUCUGGAGAGAGCGGUCGAGGAGCUGUCUAGUCCAGUGGUGGUUGAAAGACCUCUCAUUCAUCUUACGCUCCUCCAGGACUACCCACAACCCCUAGAACGCUUUAAUGACUAUGAGGAAGACAGCUUUGGGGAACUGCGGGCAGAAAGCACAAUCUCUGAAAAAUUUGUGUGCCUGAAUGGGACAUUUGGCCACGACUGCAGCUUGACAUGUGACGACUGUUCCAAUGGAGGAUUCUGUAACGUGGAGAGAAACGGUUGUGAGUGCCCUGAUGGUUGGACAGCGAUCAUUUGUAACCAGACUUGUCCGGAGGGCACAUUUGGCAGAAACUGUUCUUUUACUUGUAAGUGCAAAAAUGGUGGUAACUGCCACCCGGUGAGUGGAAAAUGCCGCUGCCCACCUGGAGUCAGUGGAGACCUGUGCCAGGAUGGCUGUCCAAAGGGACUUUAUGGAAAGCAUUGCAACAAGAAAUGUAACUGUGCUAACAAUGGACGCUGUCACCGCACAUAUGGAGCCUGUUUGUGUGACCCAGGGCUCUACGGCAGGUUCUGUCACUUACCUUGCCCCAAGUGGUCAUAUGGAUCUGGCUGCUCAGCAGAAUGCCAGUGCGUGCAACAAAAUACAAUUGAGUGCCAUCGGCGCCAUGGGACCUGCAUGUGUAAGCCUGGCUAUCAGGGGAAGACCUGCAACCAAGAGUGUGAUGCUGGUUACUACGGUCAAGGAUGCAAGUCAAAAUGCCAGUGUCCAGCAGGAGUGUCCUGCCAUCACACGACCGGACAAUGUCACCAUCAGUGCCCAGCCGGUCUGCUCGGAGACAACUGUGAGCAAGAGUGUCCUGUGGGACAGUUUGGAGCUGGAUGCUCCCAGUCUUGCCAUUGUAAUGGAGCCCCAUGUGACUCUGUAACCGGACAAUGCCACUGUCCCGCCGGGCAGACAGGAGAACACUGUGAGAAAGACUGUGAAGAGGGUCGAUGGGGUCUGGGUUGCACAGAGCUGUGCCCUAAAUGUGACAAUGGUGGAGUGUGUGACAAACAAAAUGGAUCAUGUGUUUGUCUGCCAGGAUACAUGGGAAAUCUCUGUGAGAAUGUCUGUCAAGCUGGACACUUUGGCCUCGGCUGUCAGUUGCACUGCUCCUGUGAGAACAACGGGCAAUGCCAUCAUGUGACAGGUUUCUGUGCGUGUAAGGAUGGUUGGACAGGGCCCAACUGUGGAAAAGUGUGUGAGGUGGGACGCUGGGGACCGAACUGUGCCAACCUGUGUGACUGCAGGAGCAAUGCGGGAAGCUGUGACCCUGUCACCGGACAGUGUCAUUGUGAAGCGGGAUAUACAGGACCACGAUGUGAUCAAAAGUGUCCUGAUGGCUUCUAUGGCCAGGGUUGCCAUCACAGAUGCCAGUGUGAAAAUGAUGCAGCUUGUGAGCAUGUGGGCGGAGCCUGUACUUGUUUACCAGGCUGGACUGGAACAUACUGUGAAAAAUCCUGUCCUGAAGGUUUUCACGGUCUAGAGUGUCAGCAGAAAUGCCAUUGUUUUAAUGGUGGUAAUUGUCACCCCAUGACCGGAGACUGCCAGUGUCCGUCCGGCUGGGUCGGACCCUUGUGCAACAAUGCAUGUGAAGUUGGCACAUAUGGUCCCGGCUGUAAUCUGACCUGUAACUGCUACAAUAAUGCCACCUGUGACCCUACUGAUGGCCGAUGUGUGUGCAAAGCCGGUUGGAGAGGUCUCAGCUGUGAACAAGAAUGCCCGGCUGGUUUUUAUGGUGUUGGCUGCCACCAGCACUGCCUGUGUCAGAAUGGAGGGUCAUGUGACCGAAUCAGUGGGUACUGCACAUGUCAGAGCGGCUGGACUGGAGUUGCUUGUGAACUGGAAUGUGCUCCGGGACACUUUGGUAUUGACUGUCAAAGCAAGUGUGAAUGUGAGAAUGAUGGCGUCUGUGACCGUCGGGAUGGCAGGUGCUCGUGUCUGGCGGGCUGGGUUGGAUCCCGCUGUGAGAGAGCAUGCGAGGCAGGUUUGUAUGGCCCAGGCUGUAAGGAGCGAUGCAGAUGUGACCCUAAUGCCCCAUGUAACCACAUCACUGGCACCUGCAUGUGUCCAGCAGGCUGGAGAGGACCACACUGCGAGAAAAUCUGUUUACCUGGUUGGUACGGGAGGCGAUGCUCUCAGCGCUGCCUCUGUCCUCGCGGCACUUCAUGUAACCACGUGACCGGGCAGUGUGGCUGCCCACCGGGCUUUACUGGUAACAGCUGUGAGCAAAGGUGUCACCCGGGCACAUUUGGACUAAACUGUAAUCAGGUGUGUCAGUGCUCACAGGUUCAUCAGCUCUGUCACCCUGUCACUGGUGUGUGCUACUGUGCUCCUGGUUACCAUGGCGACAACUGUGAUGCAGAGUGUGAAGCAGGGCAUUAUGGUCCAAACUGUGAGAGGAAGUGCCAGUGUCUUAAUAACGGGGUGUGCAAGAGCACCACUGGCACCUGUACCUGCCCACCAGGAUACAUUGGACCGAACUGCAAUAUCACUUGUCCAGCAGGGCGGUAUGGUCAAGACUGUGCACGAGUAGCAUCGUGUGGCGAAGGAGCCAGAAGUGAUCCGAUUACAGGCAGAUGUGUUUGCAGAGCGGGUCGACAAGGAGAGGACUGUGGGAAAGGCUGUGCUGUGGGUUGGUUUGGGGAGGACUGUGCUCAGCGCUGUAACUGCAGUAAUGGAGGAGUGUGUGAUGCAGUUACAGGAAACUGCUCCUGUAGGUUGGGCUGGACAGGUGAUAGAUGCGAUAAAGAGUGUCCCAGAGGCAGGUAUGGAGCUGGCUGCCAGGAAGUGUGCGACUGUCGAAAUGAUGCCACCUGUGACAGAGUAACAGGGGAGUGUCAUUGUCUUCCUGGAUACUAUGGUCAUCUCUGUGAACAUGCAUGCCCUCUUGGGUUUCAUGGACAUCGUUGCCAGCUUCUUUGCGAUUGCCAUGGCAAUGCACCAUGUGACCAAACCACCGGUCAUUGCAUCUGUCCUCCAGGUUACCAGGGAGCUCGCUGCGAGAAAGAAUGUGACCCAGGCAGAUUUGGGUCCAGUUGUGCUCAAACCUGUGAUUGCGACAAAGACUCACCAUGUGACCCCAUCAGUGGCAGGUGUUUGUGUGCACCAGGGAAAACGGGACCUCGCUGUGAUAUAGAUUGUGAAGUAAAUCAGUUUGGCCCAGAUUGCUUGGAAAGAUGCGCAUGUCACAAUGGAGCUCAAUGCAAUCCACGCAACGGACGCUGCACUUGUCUGAAUGGUUGGGUAGGACCAAGCUGCCAAGAAGUGGGGAUCAUAAAUAGAUAGAGGUCGACUCCAAAAUAAAUAA